GGACCUAGGAAGAGGAAGGGGUGGAGCUACCUUGAGGGGGGCGGCGGAGCUGUCAGCCGACUGCAGCGGGACUAACCGGCUGCCCCUAUCGCUGUCCCAAGGGCUUCGAGGCCAGCCAAGGGCCUAGACUGGCAGGGCCGGGUCAGGAGACCAGAGUGGUCUGGGAAGCCAGGCAAUGGCGCGCCACGGAGUAAAUCCCGGCCGGAGCCACUCCAGGUCCGGCAGGGACCAGCGAUGGGACAGAUCCCGCGGAGCCCCCGGCCUGGGGCUCCUGUGGAUGGCGCUGGCGUUGGCCCUGCUAGACUCCCUAGCCCUCUGGACUCCCGCGGGGGCCCACCCACUUCCCACUCAAGGGCUUUUCGCCAGUUUUGGUCGCGUAGUGCCCCAGCUCCAGCAAACCUUUGGGUGGUGGAACCUCACCUGCCCAGUUUGCAAAGGCCUCUUCACUGCCAUCGACUUUGGACUGCAGAAUGAGGUCAAUGUGGCCCGGGUGGGUUCCCUGGCCAUCAAGCUGUGCAAGCUGCUGAAGAUAGCACCACCUACUGUGUGCGAGUCAGCUGUCCACCUCUUUGAAGAUGACAUGGUGGAGGUGUGGCGACGCUCAGUACUGAGCCCAUCUGAGGCCUGUGGCCUGCUCCUGGGGUCCACCUGUGGGAAUUGGGACAUUUUCUCAUCUUGGAACAUCUCUUUGCCAGCUGUGCCGAAGCCAUCCCCCAAGCCGCCCAAUCCCCCAGCCCCAGGUGCCCCUGUCAGCCGGGUCCUCUUCCUCACUGACCUGCACUGGGAUCGGGACUAUCUGGAGGGCACGGACCCUGACUGCGAGGACCCACUAUGUUGCCGCCGGGGUUCUGGUCUGCCACCCUCCUCCCGCCCGGGUGCUGGGUACUGGGGUGAGUACAGCAAGUGCGACCUGCCCCUGCGGACUCUGGAGAGCCUGUUGAGCGGGCUGGGCCCCGCCGGCCCCUUUGAUAUGGUGUACUGGACAGGAGACAUCCCUGCACAUAACGUCUGGCACCAGACUCGUCAGGACCAGCUGCAGGCCCUGACCACUGUGACAGCCCUUGUGAAGAAGUACUUGGGGCCGGUGCCUGUGUAUCCUGCUGUAGGCAACCACGAAAGCACACCCGUCAACAGCUUCCCUCCCCCGUUCAUAGAAGGCAACCACUCUUCCUGCUGGCUCUAUGAGGCGAUGGCCAAGGCAUGGGAGCCCUGGCUGCCUGCUAAAGCCCUUCGGACCCUCAGAAUUGGGGGGUUCUAUGCCCUUUCCCCAUACCCCGGCCUCCGCCUCAUCUCUCUCAAUAUGAAUUUUUGUUCCCGUGAGAACUUCUGGCUCUUGAUCAACUCCACAGAUCCCGCUGGACAGCUUCAGUGGCUGGUGGGGGAGCUUCAGGCUGCUGAGGACCGAGGAGACAAGGUGCACAUAAUUGGCCACAUCCCCCCAGGGCACUGCCUGAAGAGCUGGAGCUGGAAUUAUUACCGAAUUGUAGCCAGGUACGAGAACAUCUUGGCUGGUCAAUUCUUUGGCCAUACCCACGUAGAUGAAUUCGAAGUCUUCUAUGACGAGGAAACCCUGAGCCGUCCACUAUCUGUGGCCUUCCUGGCACCCAGCGCCACCACUUACAUCAGCCUUAAUCCUGGUUACCGGGUCUACCAGAUAGAUGGCAACUACCCGGGGAGCUCUCACGUGGUCCUAGAUCAUGAGACCUACAUUCUGAACCUGACACAGGCUAAUCAGCCCGGAGCCACUCCACACUGGCAUCUCCUGUACAGGGCUCGAGAAACCUACGGGCUGCCCAGUGCGCUGCCUGCCGCCUGGCACGACCUGGUAUACCGCAUGCGGGGAGACGCACAGCUAUUCCAGACCUUCUGGUUUCUCUACCAUAAGGGCCACCCGCCCUCCGAGCCCUGUGGCACACCCUGCCGCCUCGCUACUCUGUGCGCCCAGCUAUCCGCCCGCUCCGACAGCCCUGCUCUGUGUCGCCACCUGUUGUCAAAUGCGAGUGUCUCUGAGGUCCGGAGUCUGCGGCCUCGCCCGCCACUCUGCUAGCACCCAGUUGGGAAAGUGCGUGUCUUAGGUAGGGAGCAAAACCCCCAAAGGGCCGCUGUGGGAAGGACAACAGUGAAGAGUCUAUCCUGGGCCCCAAGUACACGGGGGAGACAGCACCUUCUUUUCUAGAGCUGGGUAGGCAAGACAUGAAGGAGGGCUGGCGGCUCUGCCUGUCCUGGGGCUGUUGUCCUUUCCCUCACACGGAGCAGAGGUCUCCGUUGGCACUGCCCUGGGCAGAGCAGACGGAGCUGCCGCCCCAGGCCUGUGCUGGCCAGCCAAGAACAUUAUACUGCUGCUGCCGCCUGCCUGGUUGCCAGGCUGGUAAAAUAAAGAUAAGAGACUUGGACUUCA